AUGGUGCAAUCAGGAGCGAAAGCUAGAAGGACUGCCAGAAAAGGUGUUGCUACUCGUGAAUAUACAAUUCAUUUGCACAAACGCAUUCAUGGUGUUGGUUUCAAAAGGCGAGCUCCUAGAGCUAUUAAAGAAAUAAAGAUGUUUGCUAAAAAGAUGAUGGGCACUGAAGAUGUUCGAAUUGGUGUGCGGCUCAAUCAAUUUAUAUGGUCCAAAGGUGUCCGAAAUGUUCCAUAUCGUGUCCGCGUGAGGCUUGCGCGCAAAGCUAACAAGGACGCAGACAGUAUACAUAAGUUCUACACUUUGGUAACAUUCGUGCCUUGUACUGAUUUUAAAGGAAAGCAGAUAAUUAAUGUUGAAUCAGCAGAAUGAGUCUGUUAUAAAUAAAUUUAUGGACUGGACUAUUAGCUAAUUGAAUUUUAUUUCCUAUAUGUGGGAGGCUUUAAAGAAUAAUCCUUGUCAUUCCAAUAUAUUAAAGCCGUAUAUCCUGUACUAAGGCUUUAUUUUAGGAGAUUCGUGCAAAGACGAGGUUUUGUGAAUACAAAAUAACAUUGAAACCUCUGAAAAAGUACAUAGUCUGAGUUUCGUAAAA